UGUGUGUAGCUUCACUGCACAGUUCCAGUGUACGGCUCCUGUCCCACUGCUUUAGCCGUCAAUCCUGUGACCAGCAACCUCGUCACCGUGCACGCUGACCAGCAGAUCUUUGAGUUCUCCCUGGUGCAGAAGGAAUACACCGAGUGGAGCCGGAAGCUGCAGAAACAAGGGCUUCACUCUCUGUGGCUGGAGCGAGACACGCCCGUCACCCACGUCACCUUCAACCCCAGAAACCCGGAUCACAUCAUUCUGCACGACACCUACAUGUUCUGCAUCAUCGACCAGAGUCUGCCCCUCCCUGAAGCCAAGACUCCGCUCUACAACCAGAUGAUGCUGAGGAGUCUCCCCGAGGCCGAGAGGAUCCGACACAGUCACGCCUUCAAGAUCUGUAAGAACUUCAAGCAUCUCCUGUGUGUGAGUUUACUGGAGGACCUGUCUCUGGUGGUAGUGGAGCGCCCUCUACUGGACAUCGUGUCCCAGCUGCCUGCUCCCGUCCGGCAGAAGAAGUUUGCCACAUAAAUGAACUCAAGCAGGUUUUUCUCAGACCAGAAAAACCCACUUUAACCCCGACAUCCAGAAUCAACAAGUUUCAACGUGUGAACACUUUGUAAAAAAAAAAAGUUUCCUUAAGUAAUAAAUGGACAAUUUUACUGUC